AUACUAAUAAUUGUGCUGUGAGGGGCACGGUGAGGGCAUAGGUUGAGGCUAUACAGAGGAGGAACUGGCACAUAGAGGAACAUGAGUAAAGUAGUACAGUUUCUAUUUUCCCCAGCGUUCUCUUGAGCGGAGCGUCUGCCGUCUGCCAAAGAUUGCAACCGUUACAACCCCGAGACGCAACAGAAAGAUACGCAUGGUUAUCUUAUUCCGCGUCUGUUUUAUUGCGCAUUUUUAUAACGCGAACCAGCCGCAACAUUCAAAUUGCAGAGAGGGGUUAGUAAGAUUGGCGCUAUUGAGAAUGCUAAUCAGAAUUUGCGCAGCAUGUUGCGGCAGAGUGCGCGGCAGUCGCGAAAAUGUCGGACAAAAUAUCGGAGAGUGGAAACCGAAAGCUCUCUGCUGAAGAAAGUCUUCUCCAUGCCGGCGAUGAGCCCAGAAGACGUCGUAGUAGCAGCAGUAGCAGCAGUAGCUGCAUGGACACUUCGUACGAACCCAAAACACUUCGCAAGACCGACGACUGUAUGGUCAGCUCGGACGCAAGCACGGCACUCGUUACCAAAGUGCUGGUGCUGUACAGCGGUGGCACCAUUGGUAUGGUACGAGACGAAAACGGAAUACUGAGGCCAGAGCCACAGGUCUUGGAGAAACGUCUGCGUAGCUUUCCACAACUUCACGAUGCCGCUUAUGCCAGUGCCAACUUCUCCGAAGCAGAGAAACAGCCACUCAUUUUACCGCGAACCGGCGACCCACAUCGUGUUGUGUACACGAUAUUUGAGUACCACCCUCUACUGGACUCUUCCAAUGCUACUAUGGACGAUUGGAUACGCAUUGCACUUGACAUCAAGGAAUAUUAUGAACAGUUUGACGGCUUUGUGGUUCUCCACGGGACAGACACGAUGGCUUACACGGCUUCGGCAUUGUCUUUCAUGCUGGAAAACCUCGGCAAAUCUGUCAUUAUCACAGGUUCCCAGAUACCAAUCUUUGAAGCCAGAAGUGACGGGAGAGAAAACCUCCUCAAUUCCUUAGUGGUUGCUGGUAACUACAUCAUACCUGAGGUGACACUACUGUUCAACAACAAACUGUACCGUGGCAACCGUACAAGUAAGGUGAGCGCCAGCGACCUGGAUGCCUUUGCCUCCCCCAACAUGCAGCCAUUGGCAACUAUCGGUGUCAACAUCGAUGUGAACUGGAAAUUGGUGUUUCAGCAGUCUGGCUUGGAGAAGUUCCGUGUUCAUUCGAAGUUGAACCGAAAUGUCGGCCUUUUGCGACUGUUCCCCAGUAUUACGGUGGAAGUGGUAAGAGCAUUCUUGACACCCCCUAUUCAAGGGGUGGUGCUUCAAACCUAUGGGGCAGGUAAUGGCCCCACUUCACGCAGAGACCUCCUUGACGAAAUCAAGCGGGCUUCACUGCGUGGAAUCCUCAUCCUCAACUGCUCCCAGUGCGCCCAAGGACGUGUUGAUGCAACUUACGAGACUGGAAAUUUGUUGUGCGACGCUGGAGUGAUCCCAGGGUCUGACAUGACUCCGGAAGCUGCCUUGACAAAGCUCAGCUAUGUAUUAAGCAAAACAGAGUGGUCCUUGUGCGUGAAAAAGCAGAUGCUACAAGCAAACCUGAGGGGAGAGCUGACAGUUGCAAAGCACACCAAGCUGGACGAUUUAGAUCUCAUCACAGCAAUUGCCAAAACCAUGCAGAUAUCAUCUGCAGAGGAGCUUGAAUCCUUGCAGACAGCGUUGUACCCUUCUAUUCUGUGCUCCAUCACGGCAAAGGGGGACCUUGAAAAGUUGGAAGUCAUGAGGCAGUUUGGUGCCUACCUGUCGGCAUGUGACUACGAUUUCCGCACACCUCUCCACAUAGCAGCGUCCGAGGGAAACGUGCAGGUCGUGGAGUACUUGCUGCGGAAAGGAGCCAGCGUGCACAUGCGGGACCGUGAUCAUAACACGCCCCUUAUGAGUGCCGUGAUCUGGGACCAGCACGAGGUCAUCAAGCUCCUAACUAAAGCUGGAGCGCACAUUAGUCUUACCCCCACACAGCUUGGUGAUGCGCUCUGCACCGCUGCAAGGAACGGAAACGUCAAACGGUUGCAGUCGUUCCUGCUGGCCGGUGCAAGCCUACUAGAAACGGACGCAACAAAGAGGACUUGCAUGCAUGUAUGUCACGAAGGAACUGUGGCCAUGAGCAGCGUACGGACGUGGAAAGAUAGGGAGAGGACAGCAGGAAGGAGAGGGAGACAAGGGGAUUCGUGUACACCCUGUGCCGAAUUAGGGGGAAAUGUGCAGACGUUCGUCUGGAGAGCCUGCCAGACAGGAAGAUGGUGUAGACAAGACACCAGCGGUGGACAAGCAUGCGAAGCCAACCAAGAAAACGUUCUGCGAUUCCUACUAGACUCUGGAAUCCAUGUGCAGUCAAAGGACCUUUAUGGACAUACACCAAAAGAAGUUGCUGAACUGCUGAGUCAUCAGCAUCUUGCAUCCCUCAUAGACAGUACAUAUGUGAGCUCGAGCAGCUCGAGCAGCGUGAAUUCAUCUUACUCGCCAUGAAUCUUUCGUAGAACAUGCUUCCUUUGCUUUCACAGACUGCUUUAUUUGCUCCUAAGCCCCACUAACGGGAAUGUGGUGAAAGAGCACGGGACAAAGGCGCAGUGCGUGUGCAUCGUCUCGCUGCUUCGACCAAGUUGACUAUGAAUGUUGAAGACUGUGUUAAAUGCACACUUGUUUUUACCUUGCAACACUGCGAAAACCUGCUCACACAACUGAAGAUCAAAGCAUGCUGUGUGAGCAGCAUACUUUACGGUCUACUUAGAUUACAAUAUUCAAACUGUUCCCUGCUGAAGUCAACCAUGUUGGAAGGUGCAGGGAACAAUGGGUGACAGAGCUCCGUGGGAAACCUGUACGAGGUUGGGAUUCACGUUACAGAGGCAGUGCUGGCUGUGGAAGUUGUUGGGUCCUGCACAGCCUACAGGUUAUGCCCCCCCCCCCCCCCCCCUUGGUGGGGCCCAGACCCUCUAAAGUAUAGCCGCCGCAACCCCCCCCCCCCAUCACUAGCCAUCUUUCAUGCCAUCUCGGCAUACUACUUGUGUUCAUUGUUGCUUCACAGUCUCUUUCAGUGAAGGCUCAUUGGCUUUUGUACGGUAUCAAUUUCGUCAAUCUACCUCACGGAACAAGAAUUCGGGGGACAACUCUGAUUGAACGGUUUUGUGUGCAGCUCACUAAAAUCUCAAAGCAAGAAGUGUCCCACAUCGGUUGGUGUGACUGAUGCUUCUGCAAUGUUUUGUAACGGUACGGAUAAUGCUGAACGUCAUCUUGUUUUUUUUAUUACUGUCUGUUUUUAUGUAAUGCAGCUACAACUUCUCAUGUUGUAUUUGACUGUCAUCUUUGUGCCAUACUAUUUUGUUCCUAAAGAGCAAUGCUUCAUUAAGCUCACUCAGGAUAAUUGCAUUUCAACUGAGUUUAGAAGCACCUUUUAAUUUUCACCAAGAUUUCAGCUCUUGCAUACUACGCAUGCAGGAGCAGUUCUCAUUUUUGAUUGUUUCAUAUUCAAGCAUAACCUCAUUUUGCUUACAAGUUAAAUUGUUUGCAUUAGUCAGUCAAUUCCACGAAAAUGAAUUCGAAAGGUGUUAUAUAAACUAGAUAGCCACAACAUGAAUGUGGGAAUGUUCAGAUUCGGGUACAGCGUAGUUAUGCUGUUACUUCAGUGCCAUCUGUCAGUCUACCUUUGCAGCAUAGCAUUUAGUUAGGUGUCUUUUUCGGUGGCUACGAAGCUAUAAUUUAUUUGAUCUUUUGUUAGGCUUGUUUUUUCAGUACAUGAUGCAUUGUUAAAAGGGCACUAAAGUGUAAGAAUUGCUCCUCACAGAAUGAAGGAUGAUGUUACCUAGACAGCAAAAGGAAGCAGGGAGUCAUCCGUUGCACCGUUCGGGAUUUACGAGAGAAAGAACCUGUAUGCUUUCCCUUUCCUUCUCGAGAAGGCAAACAAUGCAGAGCACACUCUCAUUGGUCUCAGCAAAUUCAACAACAGUGCAAUGGAUGAAUCCUGUUCCUUUUAUGUUAAGGUAACUGCAGCUUUCAUUCUGCGAGAAGAAAUUUUUGCACUUUAGUGCCUCUUUAAUAAAGCCGUACGUUGUACAGGUCAUGAAACUUUGUAAUGUUGCAGUCAUGGAAAGCUGAGUUUUUUGCUGCAAAGCACAGAGAUCUGCUGUUUUUCUGUUGAAUGUUUACAGCUGAGAAAUUGUAUAACUUAUUUUGUUAUGCGUCUGAGACACACUUUAUUGAAAAAAAGCUGUGUGAUGGAAUGGACUCGGAUCCAUUCCAGUUUUUUGUUUAGCAGCUUCCGUGAUGGCUGUGUAUUUUUCUAUGCUGUGAUCUGCGAAGUACAUCAUGUGAAGGGUUGAGUAUGUGACAUUUUAGCAGCCUGAUUUUAAAUGAGAAUAAUGCCACAUUUACUCUGGUACGUGUACCCCAGAUGUAAAUCGUGGUAGAUGAAAGUGCCACAGUAUGUAGAGGAUGUGUACAGGAAUUAAUCUUGAUUUUUAUCUUGAACAGAGGGAUGCUAUCAAUUGCAAUACCUUCUGUAGUGAUGCCAGUGACUUUUGCAGUAGCAGGAUGUCUGCACAUUAACCUUCUGUUUGUUUCUUGUAAUGAAGUUUCGUUGUAAUUUAAGCACAUACUGUCCACUGUUAGCCUGCUGAAAUCGCAUAGGUUCAGCAUUUUACCUAAAGUGACAGUAGUUAGCCCUACAGUUGCGGCACAAUAUUUUGAUGUCCAUCGGCAAAACAAUAAAGCUGAGACGAAUGCCCAUUUGUGUGCACUGUCUUUCUGCCACGGCUACUGAUUCCCUGCAGCAGCAGUCAUAUGCGACCAUCGAAGCUCCCUGGGUGGCCUGGUCACAUUUUGUAAUGAUGCACUACAUUGUCUCUUUCUGCGGAUGAACACAACAAGGGCGCGCGCCACUAUAAAAUGCCCUGCUGACGUCGUCACUACGGGACUUUUCGCAGCAGCGUUCGUUCGUCCGGGGUGACGGCGUUUCUGCGAUAAGUUCCCUCCGGCGGACCACCCCAACCGUUUCGGCGCCUCCUGAGGCUGCCCCGACAAAGGGAGUGAGUCUUGGUCGGUGGUAAUGUUUUAAUUGUCCUAGUGGUGAUCGCUACUUGUACAUAAGCACUGUAAAUGACUCAUUAUUUAUUGCAUGGGGCGCUAGACGUUCCUAACAUCAUUGUAUGUAGCUCCAUUAAAUAUCGAACAUCAUCAUGGAAGCGUUAGCGUGGUGCGUUACUUUCAUAUUACCUUAUUUUCGCUCUGUCCAUGACCCAAUUCUAAUGUUUUACGGUUAACUUCCUUGUUCGAAAGAGGUCAGGCGUAACUACGCAGAACGUAGCUAAGCCUAGCUCACAAAUCAAACAUGGCGGACAUAUCCGCCAUCUUAGUCUUGACAGGUUAGGCCUAGUCGUUCAAAGUGCGACGUUUUCUGUUACUUUUUUUUGCGUUCCAUUCGCUGUGAAUUUCGAGGGUUUCAUGUCCAAGUACGGGGAAGUUGUUCUUUUGAUCAUUUGAUCCUGCGAUGACGUGGCUAUAUGAGUAUACAUUGCAGCUACUACGUAUGAUGUUUAAUUCAAAUUUACGUACGCGGUCGUUCUUAACAUAGUUUAAUGUUUAUCACCGUGUCUUUAUCAUCGUGUAUGUGUUGAUCGCAAGUAGCAAGACGCCUGGUUUUUGUUUGUAUACAGCUAGUCGCAAUGAAUGCUUCGAAAAUGCAAACGCAAGUAAAACGACUUUUCAUCGGUCAGUCAUCGCUGUACAUGAUUUAUGCAUUUGUUCUGUUGCGUACAGCUUGCGAAGCUGCUCUCUUCAGCCCCCUCGUGUUUUCUUCUAGGUUACUUCAACGGUGUGGUUUACUCUAGACGAACUAGACUACUUUCUGCCAAGAAUAUGAAGUACAAAGGGAUAACAAACAAAUAUAUGAUGGAUUUAUCAGAAUUUGCGAUGGACGUGUCUCAAAGGAGCGAAGUUCUAGGAGAUCUGGAAGGAAAAUUGAGUCAUUUCGAAGCAGGGAGUACAUUUGGUGUCAAACAUCUUUUGACAAAAGCAUUGAAGUGGUCAGAUUCUCCAUCAGUUUUUGUGCACACUGAAUGAAAUAUUGUCAAGGCUCGAAGAAUAUCAAAUUCAACACUGCAAAUGUUUACGGGGAAGCUGAAAGCACAAGUUUUUCUUGCAGCAACAGCAAUUGAAGCAAAAUCAUGCAAAGAAAUAUGUGAAAUCUACCAGAGUUAUUACAUUUGAAACAUGCCGUUUUCAAGGGGCUCUGUCUCUAAAGAAAUGUGCAAGUGGUCAUUCGAAGAACUGUUUGGAAAAGGCAACCUCGAAAGAAUUUUUUUUUGCUCAAGUUUGAAUCUGGAGGAAUUUCUAAGGAGUACAGAACAGAUUUGUUAUGCGCAGGGAGUACAAAAUGACUUAUUCAGUUUUGUGUCUGAGAAAUGUUUGUUGCUGCUGCUGGAUCAUUUCAUUGGGAGGUCUAAUAUCAACGUCUUUUCUCAGGUUAUACUCGAAAGUACACGGUAGAAUCAAGUUUAUUAUGCAGCAAUACAUCGGUACAAAUGCAAAGUUAUCUGUUGGAUGGAAUUCACGAAAUGAGCAUAGCACUUCCGUGCAUUGAUUCAAGAACACUUUGAAGAACCCCAGAAGCAGAAAGGAAAACUCUACUCGAAAGGGGAUAUUGAGAUCUAAUACAGGGAUGACUGGAUGGUAUAUUCUGCCCCCGUCAGCAGAGACUCCCUCAGGUUGCAUAAAUCAAGGCCCAUCUGCUCAGACCUUCGCGUUCCACUGCUGGCGGUAUAUCCUAGAGCAAGUUCCGCCCUUGAAAGCAGGGAGUACCCUACGCUGUUCACCUACCCUUGUUGAAUUUUGUUGGCGUGAUUGUUCAUGUUCUAAUGCGAGCUGUCCUUCCCCAGGUUACACUGCGUGUUGCGCUCUUGACUGGGUAAUCCAAUACACAGAUAAUAUAAAUACCACGGAAACACCUUUCAAGAUUGAGGUUUGGAGCCCCUGAUAACCAUUUGAGGAAGAUGAAAUGCACAGUUGAUGUGGUUGAUAAUGCCCUGGUGAAGCCAUAGAUGACAUGGGAAACAGAAAGCCUUAGAUGAAAGCCUUAUCAUUGAUGCAGGAAGUAGAAGCGUAUCUUUUAUACCAAGAAUCCGUACCUGAAACUCUACAUUACUGUGUCUUACAAAGGAGUAGUUCUAGGAAGUACAGUACACUUUAAAGCGCUUCUUAUGCAAGAUCUUUACACAGUCUUAUACGGAAUGCCUAUCAAGAUGCAAGGGCCUGAAGAAGUACUGUUUAUGAAACAACGCUAACACUUACCACUCUGCAGGUCACUCUGAAAAGUCUGCUGGUAGCAACGGUCGGGAUGUUAAAUAGUCUCCAAUUUUGCAACUGUUUGCAUAAUCCUUGUCUGAAAACGGAGCCGUGGGGUUGUAUUGCAGGAAGCACCUGUCCAUAGCAGGGAGUACCCACUUGAUUUUUUUUCUCUGGUAGAAUUGAGUUGCAGGAUGUCUGCUCGAAGAGAGAUUCUCAAGUUCUCAGCUGGAAUGUUUUUCAUGAAGAUAACACAUGAAGCCAUCUAGAUUCAGCAUGCCAAAUUUCAGUUCUGUGCAAGAAAAAUUUACAAAACUUUGGGCUGAAGAUGUCUGUUCGCACGAUUUUGCUUUUCCAGAGGUUUUUACUGCUCCGAAAGAUCGAACCUGAUAUCUAAAGAUGGUCGCGUAAACUCCACAUGAUUUGUUCCCAAGACCUUACAACACGAUACUUCAACCUUGACGCCGGUUAGCCAUCCUUGCAAGAUAAGCCGUCACACUGUUUAGUUUCUUGGCUGGUUUAUACUUUUGUGCCCGUGAGUAAACAUGAUAGUGGUAAUCAAGGUUGUGGAUCCUUUACAGCAUUUAAUCUUGUACGUGCAUUGCCAUUGUGUGCUGGGGGGCUUGGGGGAGCUCAUGAUUGGGUAGCUCUAGUUUUCCAGAACAUGGAAGUGGCAUUCGACGACAACAGAUCGUUUCUCGUGGCGUGUCCAUUGCAAGGGAGGUGUCCCUGUACAGCGAAUCUUUAAGGCGGCCUCAUCGUUUUCAAAUGCAAGGAAGUGUCUCUUCUCAAAUGUGAUUGGUUGGGGCGUGUUUGGGGGGUCUGUUAAUAAUUGUUUUGCAGCCCAGAGAUCACCUCGAUGGCGUGUCGACCCGGUCUUGUAAUGUCCAUCCGAAACGUUCGAGGCGGUGCCUUUACAGAGGUGGGGGAAAACCAAAUCGAGCUUUUCAUGUCUUUCAGAAAUAAGAACUGAUCCCUGUCAGAAGAUCCAAAAUGCACACACGCAAAACACGGAAGUAAUCUUUCCUAAUAGUUCUCUGGUGUUUGUGGGUCGAAUCUUUUAGGGAGACCUCAUCGGUUUUCGAAAGCAUAGAAGUGUCUCUUAAGUGUGAUUGGUUGGGGCGUGUUUGGGGGGUCUGUUAAUAAUUGUUUUGCAGCCCAGAGAUCACCUCGAAGGCGUGUCAACCCGGUCUUGUCGUGUCCGUCCGAAACGUUCGAGGCAGUGCCUUUUACAGAGGUGGGGGAAAACCAAAUGGAGCUUUUUAUGUCUUUCAGAAAUAAGAACUGAUCCCUGUCAGAAGAUCCAAAAUGCUCACACGCAAAACACUGAAGUAAUCUUUCCUAAUAGUUCUCUUGUGUUUGUGGGGGUGGGGAACGGAUAAUGUAUGCCUUGCAGUGGGAUCAGCCGUAUAGGAAUUUGAUCAGCGAUUGUCACAUCCUCCUGAGGAGCACCACAGGAAGCGCAAAAGGAAGGUGGGGAAAGCAAAACAAAGGUCCUCUUCAUAUUUUCAGAAUUCUGGUCUGGUAAUGCCCUUCUUCGUGAAGACCGCGUACACGAGCCAUUGGGAUAACAGACGUAAAUUUUCUCCUGUAACUGUGCACUUUUGAGGUUACAUGCAUUUUGGUUAGAGCAGUGUUUGGAUACCUCAGCAAGCGCAUGCGUAGUGGGGUGCUUUGUGUUGUACGUUGCAGAAGUUAGUGGGUGGGGGGGAUGUGAAAAUUGUUCUUCAGCUUCUUGCAGCAUGUAAGAUUCACAUAGCAAGCCUCCUGAAGAGACGACUACGAAAGCAUGCAAAGAGUGAACUGUGGCUAUUGAAUGUCCGGUGAGAAUUUGGAGUUUAGGCGAUGGGGGGGGGGGGGGGGGGGGUCCCUGUGUUGCUCUUCCAGUGCCGUGUCUCGCUAACAAGCAAGUCCUGCUGCCCAUCCGUGCUGGGAGAAUGAUCUGGUUCAGGGAGUAGAGCUGUACCUUUAACCCUCUGUUGCACUACGCUCAAUCUGUUCACACACCUGGUGUGGUAGCUAACGGAAUCGCACUGUUGGGUUUGCGCUCAGGUUUUCCAAUACCAGGAGGUCCCGGUAGCUGACGCCUGGCAGCUCCUUCACUUGGUCCAGGAAGUCUUUCUUUUUUUUGCUUUGCUUCGAUUAUCAUUGAAAAUCUGUGCCACGUCCCUCCAAAACCAUUCCUUGCUGGUCUCUUGCCCAGUGUCCCUGAUGUCCGGCCGUCUAACGCAGCACCUCCACUUCGCUGUAACCGUAAGAGUGCCCGCAAGUGGCCUGUGGUUGGUGCACGAGUUUUUCCUCUCUUCUGCCUUCGUGGGUUGCCGUGAGUGUGUAUGUGUGUGUGUGUGCCAUGCAUUUCUCCCAGGGAAAGUGUCCCCCGCAAGCUUUACGCCACUAUGCGCUACCCACCUAAGCCCUCAAGUUGCGACUGUACCUGGUUUCUUCUCAAGAAUGUCAAGCAAGCAACCCGCUCUGCCCGUGCCAUUCCUAUGCUCUGGUUCUGUUAACACUGUCGUAAGCCUUUGUGUUGGGUUUUUAAUCUUUGCACCACCUUUCUGUGUAGCAAGAUUGUUUUUGGAAUGGUUUGUUGCCAGCUGGCCAGUUAGUCAUUUGCGCUAUUUCUACGGUUUGCGUUGUGUUUUGGGGAGGGGAAUUGUGGGUUCUGUUUCAGUAGACCCUGGGUGGUGUCGCUUUAAAGAGGCCCUGCUGCUGUAUUCGGCACCGUGGAUGUCCUCUUGGCAUGAAAGAUGUUCCAGCGGGCCUUCGUCUCUGAGGGGUGUAAUGCGUGCACAGGAAAGUCUGGCGUGCCGUGGAUUCAAGGCGGCUGGGGGAACGAGCAAGAGCUUAGUGGAGGGUCGGCACCUCGUGGUUCCUAGAGGGAGGCAGCUUGCUUUGGCCCGGGGGUAGCAGCGAGGUGUCCUUGGCGCGGACCUGGGGGUGUCUUCGCUGCUGUCUCGGUUGAAGCGGUCGUCGUUCCCUGGGGAAGAGGUUCCACCGUCCAGUGGGAAGGAGCAGGUCGUCACCGUAGGGGGAUGCAGACUUCGCGGAGGACUUUGGAGGCUUUUGCCGUGUCUACGUCGCCGAGAUGUUCAACGGUAGUGUCACCUAGUGUCCGCCUCGCUGCGUAAACGUCGAGUCACCGUUGCCGCGCACCGCUGCCGUGUUUCAUCGUUCGUUCGGAAGAGCAGGACUUAAUGUACGCGAGGAAGCGUCCGCUGAAUCUCAUUAUGAAGCAAAGUGCUGUUGUAUGGAAGUUGAUCUCUGUGUGCAAUUGGUAGAAAGUACAAAAUGAGCACUUGUCAACGCAAUGAAGUGCUAGGGUUCAAAGGCAGUUACAGGCUUCAAAGCAAUAAGCCUAUGGUGUUCAGUGCACCGUAAACACAUUUGAUUUGUCAGCAGAAAUGUGCUGUGUAAUGUAAAUGUAAUCAGUCAAAUCUGUUGUGAACAUAAAUUGUGCACUCUUUAGGGCUCAGUGCCAUACGAGCAGAUUUGCUAUGUAAUCCAGGUGUUGCAAUGGAAUCUAUUUGUCGUGAACAUAGUCAGUCGAGUGCCAUAUAAAAAAAAUUGCUAUGCCAACAGUAGUAUGCUACAUGAUCCGAAUGUAAUCAGUUGAAUCGGUUCGACAAAUUGGUGUGGAAACUAGCUAGUUCAGACUACAACAGACAACGUAGGACAACAGAGUUGCAAUUAACAUCACCCGUGAGAUGAUGCAGAUUGGCUAUAUCAAGCCUGGUGUUUGCACGGCGGUGCUAGAACUAGACCGAACGACAGGCACAAACCUCUUGGAAUAUUGUUUCAAAUUAGGUCUUAAUGAGUGAAAGCGCACCUCAUUCUGUGAAUGUGCAUUUGAUAUCUGUAUUCACGUUGAAAAUCUAUUUUUUUGCCAAUCAGUAGUAUUCAUUUCAGCACAUUGUAAACUUUCGUGGAGGCGUACAAUAGCAGGAAUUUUUUCCACAGUCCACUUUGUAUAUAGAUAACCGUGUGAUUUUGUCCAUGAACUCAGCUCACUAAAACUGGACACUUACUGCAACUAGCAGGCAUUGCUACAAAAAUUCAACCACAAUUAUUUUACGUGAAAAGCAAUUACGCAGUCCAAACACAUGUGAAAAGCAAAUUGCAAGAUAUCUUUGUAGUCUUUUUGACUCUGACCAGCUUACUGUAAAACAGGACAGGACACUUGCUGUUAAUUAGCAGAUAUUCAUUAUGAGAAAAUGAAAUAUUGUGUGAAAAGCAAAAUGCAAGACGUUAGUAAUUUUGACCAUAAGCUUGGCUCACUGUACAACAGGACACUUGCCAUAGCUAUUAGAUAUUCACGAGAAAACUAAAUAGUACGUGAAAAGCAAAUUGCAAGAUGUUUGUUGUAAUAUUGACCAUAAGCCCAGUUCGCUGUGCCAGGUAUUCACUAUGAGAAAACGAAAUAUUACGUGAAAGGCAAAUUGCAAGAUGUGUUUGUUGUAAUAUGGACCAUAAGCCCAGUUCGCUGUGACAGGUAUUCACUAUGAGAAAACGAAAUAUUACGUGAAAAGCAAAUUGAAAGAUGUGUUUGUUGUAAUAUGGACCAUAAGCAAAGUUCGCUGUAAAACCGGACAGGACACUUGCUGUAGCUGCCAGGUAUUCACUAUGAGAAAGCGAAAUAUUACGUGAAACGCAAAUUGCAAGAUGUGUUCGUAAUAUCGACCAUAAGCUCAGUUUGCUGUAAAACAGGACAGGACACUUGCUGUAGCUACAAGGUAUUCACUUUGAGACAACGAAAUAUUACAUGAAAAGCAAAUUGCAAGAUGUGUGUUGUAAUAUUGACCAUAAGCCUACUUCGCUGUAGCUGCCAGGUCUUCACCAUGAGAAAAGGAAAUAUUACAUGAAAUGCAAAUUGCAAGAUGUGCGUUUUUUGGUUGGUCGCAUUCUUUCCCAUAUAACAUGAGUCUGCCAUACUCAUUCAACUUUGACCUUAUGCAAACCAUGCAUUGGACAUAAACAUGCUAUAGUUGAGCAAAAUUUGCAAUGGAAAUUUCAUACAAUGCACAUGCGAAAGGUAUUCAAUGGAUAGUUUAAGUGAAAUGGAGCUUGUGAAGAAUAUUGCAACAUGUACCUAAUUUAACAUCGGUCAUCAUCGGUGUAUAAUUCUAGAGAAUGAGGCUGUUAGCACAUUCACCAGAGGGUAUUCAUCCUAGUUCAUGUAGAAAGUUAAAAUGUUAAAUCCGGUUUGUUGGUGCACAGUUAAGCGCAUUCUUUUGUUCAAAGUUCUUCAUCCACAAUGUGUAAUUGUGCAGUUGCACUCAUACCUGUACCUCAUGUUUCCACAAGCGUCAUUGUGAUCAUUUUUCGUAAAGCGUUCACGUUCUGCCGUACCAUGCUCAUCAUUACAGCAAAUUUGUAGCUACUGUCACCCGUUGCAGAUAAUUGAAACGCAAGGAAACAUUUUCUUCCAUACCAUUAACUAUAGCAGCAAAUAACUUUGUUGUGUUGCAAUUUUUCUGUGAAUGUUCCCUCAGUAGGGCAUUCGUCUCUUAACUGUUCGAAGCGCUUAGACGGCAUAGGAAGUGUAGUGUAGCAAGCUUUACAUAAUACUGCAUUCUGUUGCGUAAAAUCGAAUACAGUGCCUGUAUAUCAGUCCAAUUGUUCGGCAUCCCGCGUUCCGCUAAAUUCCUGCUAACGCGUUUAAAUAUCCCGAUUUGUAAGACUUUCACUAUUCCAAUUUUGGAGUAGCUAAGCAUUCUACUGCAGUACAGUGCAUAUAUUUUUGAGCCGUGGAGUCUCUCUCCCCAUUGUGGAAUAUAUUUGUACAUAUAAAUUUGCUACAUAGAUUUGUUUGAGAGUUAGUUCCAGCGAAAAUUCCUCUCGAUAUUCAUUUAGUAUUCUUCGUCGUUAUUCGUUUGAUAUGUUUGUUCGUGACCAUUCGGACUGCGCAGUUUAUUACUGAAUACUUGGUUUUCGGUUGUAUCAUCUUCACAGACAUGACAUUUCAUUACCUCAUUGAAAUGCAAUGACCCUACUGUAUCAGCUCUCAUGGAACUUAAGAAAAGCAUUACCACCGAAUCUGAGCUGUACCAACAGUUCAAAUAUGGACAAAGUUCGAUUAAAGAAGAAAAAGAAAAAAAGCCCUCAAUCAAACCAAUUGGGAGGCAGUGGUGUGGAUAGGGGCAGGUGUAGGGGAGGAGGAGCCUGCCACUAGAAAAAUAAAACCUUCUCAACUUGUUCAGUGUUGUGCACUUGUCUCUUGAGUGUUACGUUGUCAGGGUUUUGGGGGCGCACAUGGAUUUUUUCUUUAUGCAGAGUUUGACCAAGUGCGUUGUGACUAGGGCAUUGUAAUGCACAAAGUCAUUGUGAAGGCGAUGUGUAGGACUUCAAAGAUUUUGCUAAUACGACGUGAAAUAACAUUCCCCUGACUGCAGGUCGUACUCGUCAGCAAUAUAUAUAUGAUCUUGUGCGAAUUGUGCAAAUGUGUCUCCUUGGGUUUUGACUACAACAUACUGACAUUCGUUAUCAGUGACUCAGUGCAGAUUAGUGCGGGUCAUGGACAGCUUUUUUGUUUUGGGUGGGGGGGAUGUUGCUUGAGGGGGGGGGGGGGGGUUUGAUGUGGAAAAUUCGUUUUGUAGAAUGUUACAGCACAAAAGGUGCGACACCAUGGACGCGUGUCCAGUAUGUCAACGGUCCAGGGAGUACAGCUGUACUUCACCAUUUUACGUUAAGCUAAUCAGGAUGGUGUAAUGACUAUUUUGGUUUGCGUUCAGGUUGGGCAAAACAGGCCAGCAGCUGGCUCAUGGCUACUACUCAACACUUGGUCCAGGAAGUCAUUUAAAAAGUCUUACUAGGCGGUUAAUAUUACACAAAUCCGGACCACAUAUUCCAGAAAUGCUGAAUUUCUUACACAGUGCACCUACCACGUCGACUUUGCUGUCCUAGCAGGAGACACAAGUCGCAAAGUGGCCCUUGGUCGACGGCUCCAGCCCUCGUAGGGUGCUGUGAGUGUUUUUUUUUUAGUGUUAGCAAAUGUGUUGUGUAGUUUCUCCCAGGGGGAACCCCCUCACGAUCUGCCGUCGAGUUCCAAGGUCCACCGCCUGGUACCUCGAGUUCCGGGGCACUCUCCCGUCGUAAGCUUUUACUUGUUUUCUACGUGCCGGGUAAAAAGUCUAGAAAGCUGUCGUGUAUGCUGGAGAUAGAUUACUCUUGUGAGCGAUCAGAAACUGCGUGAAAGGAAGUAAUUUUUCUGUGUGUAGUGUCGCUGCUAUGCGAGACGUCGGGAACAGUGGUUUGUCCAGAAUCCCAAGCACGGAGGGGUGUUGGAAAAAAAAAGGGGGGGGUCAUCAUUACAGCUUACCAUAUCAUUACUGACGUGUCUAAAGGUGAAAUCACAAGGGCACCCACAGUAGGGGGCGCACAGGUGAAAAAGUUGGGGGGGGGGGUUUACGGGGGGGCGGGUCUGGAUAAAUCACUGGUCGAGAAUAAAGGUUCAGGAUUCGCGAUGCUGAAUAGGGAGGCUGCGAGGUUACUGAAUACCGAGCUCCUGAUAGCACUUGCAACAAUACGGUGGUUCCAUAAUUAGUGUAAUGUCAACUGUAGUGCUCGUCCGUAUGACGUUAGAAAUUCUCAUGCUGUGGGCCAGUACGCGGAAGAGGCGUUUUGCCGUGAGACUUAUUACGUUGAAAAUUCGCAUCCCGUGAGCCAGUAUUCGAGAAAGACGUUUUGUUGUCUGCGAGACUUAUUGCAGUGAGUUUUAUCAGCCAGUACGCGGAAGAGUGGUUUUUGUCGUGUGAGGCGUAUGUUGAAAAUUUGGGCGUUUUGUCGUGUGGGCGUAUUACGUUGAAGAUUCGUAUACUGUGAGCCAGUACUUGAGAAAAAGACGUUUUGUUGUCUGCGAGACUUAUUGCAGCCAGUACGCGGAAGAGGGUGAUGCCUAUUACGUUGAAAAUUCGUCCGUUUUGUAGUGAGAGAGACGUAUUACGUUGAAAAUUCGUAUACCGUGAGCCAUUAUUCGAGAAAGGCCCUUUUUUUUUCUUUUUUUGUCUGCGGGGCUUACUGCAACCAGUUUUAUCAGCUAGUACGUGGAAGAUGGGCUUUGUCCAUAUUACAUUGAAAAUUCGUCCGUUUUGUAGUGCGAGAGACGUAUUACGUUGAAAAUUCGUAUACCGUGAGCCAUUAUUCGAGAAAGGCCCUUUUUUUUCUUUUUUUGUCUGCGGGGCUUACUGCAACCAGUUUUAUCAGCUAGUACGUGGAAGAUGGGCUUUGUCCAUAUUACGUUGAAAAUUCGUCCGUUUUGUAGUGCGAGAGACGUAUUACGUUGAAAAUUCGUAUACCGUGAGCCAUUAUUCGAGAAAGGCCCUUUUUUUUCUUUUUUUGUCUGCGGGGCUUACUGCAACCAGUUUUAUCAGCUAGUACGUGGAAGAUGGGCUUUGUCCAUAUUACGUUGAAAAUUCGUCCGUUUUGUAGUGCGAGAGACGUAUUACGUUGAAAAUUCGUAUACCGUGAGCCAUUAUUCGAGAAAGGCCCCUUUUUUUUCUUCAUUUUUUGUCUGCGGGGCUUACUGCAACCAGUUUUAUCAGCUAGUACGUGGAAGAUGGGCUUUGUCCAUAUUACGUUGAAAAUUCGUCCGUUUUGUAGUGCGAGAGACGUAUUACGUUGAAAAUUCGUAUACCGUGAGCCAUUAUUCGAGAAAGGCCCUUUUUUUUUCUUUUUUUGUCUGCGGGGCUUACUGCAACCAGUUUUAUCAGCUAGUACGUGGAAGAUGGGCUUUGUCCAUAUUACGUUGAAAAUUCGUCCGUUUUGUAGUGCGAGAGACGUAUUACGUUGAAAAUUCGUUUACCGUGAGCCAUUAUUCGAGAAAGGCCCUUUUUUUUUCUUUUUUUGUCUGCGGGGCUUACUGCAACCAGUUUUAUCAGCUAGUACGUGGAAGAUGGGCUUUGUCCAUAUUACGUUGAAAAUUCGUCCGUUUUGUAGUGCGAGAGACGUAUUACGUUGAAAAUUCGUAUACCGUGAGCCAUUAUUCGAGAAAGGCCCCUUUUUUUUCUUCAUUUUUUGUCUGCGGGGCUUACUGCAACCAGUUUUAUCAGCUAGUACGUGGAAGAUGGGCUUUGUCCAUAUUACGUUGAAAAUUCGUCCGUUUUGUAGUGCGAGAGACGUAUUACGUUGAAAAUUCGUUUACCGUGAGCCAUUAUUCGAGAAAGGCCCUUUUUUUUUCUUUUUUUGUCUGCGGGGCUUACUGCAACCAGUUUUAUCAGCUAGUACGUGGAAGAUGGGCUUUGUCCAUAUUACGUUGAAAAUUCGUCCGUUUUGUAGUGCGAGAGACGUAUUACGUUGAAAAUUCGUAUACCGUGAGCCAUUAUUCGAGAAAGGCCCCUUUUUUUUCUUCAUUUUUUGUCUGCGGGGCUUACUGCAACCAGUUUUAUCAGCUAGUACGUGGAAGAUGGGCUUUGUCCAUAUUACGUUGAAAAUUCGUCCGUUUUGUAGUGCGAGAGACGUAUUACGUUGAAAAUUCGUAUACCGUGAGCCAUUAUUCGAGAAAGGCCCUUUUUUUUUCUUUUUUUGUCUGCGGGGCUUACUGCAACCAGUUUUAUCAGCUAGUACGUGGAAGAUGGGCUUUGUCCAUAUUACGUUGAAAAUUCGUCCGUUUUGUAGUGCGAGAGACGUAUUACGUUGAAAAUUCGUUUACCGUGAGCCAUUAUUCGAGAAAGGCCCUUUUUUUUUCUUUUUUUGUCUGCGGGGCUUACUGCAACCAGUUUUAUCAGCUAGUACGUGGAAGAUGGGCUUUGUCCAUAUUACGUUGAAAAUUCGGGCGUUUUGUCGUGUGAGACGUAUUAUGUUGAACAUUCGGGCGUUUCGUCGUAUCCAGCGACUUAUUACGUAGAACAUUCGGGCGUUUCAUCGUAUCCAGCGACUAUUACGUUGAAAAUUCGUGCGCCGUGAGCCAGUACUCGGAGGAAAAAUGUUUUGUCGCCUGCAACACUUAUUGCAAUCAGUUUUAUCAGCCAGUACGCGGAAGAUGGGCUUUGUCGUGUUAGGCAUAUUACGUUGAAAAUUCGUAUACCGUGAGCCAGUACGAGAAAGAGGCAUAUAGUCUGUUUUAGAGAGCAACCCGAAACGUGACGGCCACGGAAGAUACUGAAAGCAGUGUCAAAGUGAGCGGUAUGGUAGGCACUUACUCCUCAGUUGUGUCUUUACCUGGUAGACUGACGGGAGGUCGCUCAGUCCGAAAGCGCCACUGAAAUCUGUCGACGAGGCACUCGUAAUCUCGUUUCAUAAGGUUGUAUUCGCCACCGCAAUCAGGUCACCGGCAGCGGCGAGUCGCGUGCUAUGGAUCACAGUUACUUCGAGAAAGCGAAUCUGAAUCUUUGAGGCAGGAUUACGAAAGAAUGCCUACUAGUCAGGCUCCAGUGAAUCCUUCGGAUCUAGCGCCCUUUUGCCACGAUCGGGUGAAGAACUAACUGAAGGGUCGACCACCCGUUUAGCUCUGGCGACAAAUGUUACGGGUUAAAGUACUUUCCGUAAAAAUAUUAUGCUAGCUAGUUGAAAACCGUGCGUGCAAAGAACACUCUUAUCCACCUGGCUCUAGACAAAUGUCAUCAAGUGUCACACAAGCACUGAAAGAAGUUAGCUCGCCGAAAAACUGAUAACGCGAAGAAAAGCACUUAGUGUUCGAGUUGCUGUUAGAUAUGGCGUGCAUAGUCAAAUGCCUACAGGUUCAAUUUCGGCUGACGCAAGUAGGGUCAGACUUUUCCGGACGUAUAUGAUAUCUUCUGAGGUCCGUUUUCGGUCGGAAUCUUGUCUAUGGGGACUCGUUUAUCCAGUCAUCGGAAGGCACUCUCCUCUGAUUUGUGAGCAGGGGGAAAAUUCUUUCGCAGCAACACUGCAGUUCAGUGUAAAUCUGAAGGUCACACGUAUUUGAUUGUUAAGCCUUGCAGGUGGUCAGAUUGAUUCUUUAUUUUCAAAUGCACAUAAUUAUGUACAGUAGAAGCGGGACUGUCAGGGCGAACCUUGUGGUAGUACAGUAGAACCGGAUUUCCAGGCCACCCUCUGGUUUAAGUCUAGUCCCUCCGCAAAGCUGGGUAGACACACGCUGAUCAUGGGAGACAUCAAAUUCGCAUCCAAUUAUGACUGAAUUUUAUAGUCUGCGCUUUCGCCGUUGUGACGAUGCCAAGCAAUCACGCCAUUCGAGACCAAGCUUGAUUAAGUUGCCGUGGAACCGAAGCCGAAUGUAAACAUGUGUUGGAUGAAAUUCUUCGUUCUACUUUUAAAUUAGUCCAGCAGCAGACCUCAGUCCGGAAAAGUGAGACCCCAUUUGCAAAGCAUGAUUAGCACAUGUGUGGGUGGUUUCCGGGGGGGAUGGUGGAUUCAGUUUCAGUUCGGCAAGGACCUGUCAGCGGUGUGGGGUGUUCUGUGAGUGGCAAAGGCCAGGAAGUCUGGUGGAGGGCCAAGGUCACGGGCAAGCACCUAGCGUAGGACAUCACAGGGCUUCUAGAAGGCAACCGACGUGGAGUGUGAGCGUGUCGACCUAGAGGUUCUAGAGGGCCGUGGCCACCGUGCACGGGGGAAGAGGUUCCGCGCUGUCGUCAGGUCAAGCAUGUUGAUGCUGAAGAGGUCACCGUGUAAGGUUAAUCUCGGCGGAAGGCAUUCCAUCUAACGUCGUCGAGUCGCCUUGAAGCCAUCUAGAGUCUGGGGUUAUCUUCAGGAGUCACCUUGAAGUAGUCAUCUAGAGCCCGGGGUAGUCAGGAGUCACCUUGAAGUAGUCAUCUAGAGUCCGGGGUAGUCUUCAGGAGUCACCUUGAAGUGUCAUCUAGAGUCCGGGGUAGUCUUCAGGAGUCACCUUGAAGUAGUCAUCUAGAGUCCGGGGUAGUCUUCAGGAGUCACCUUGAAGUAGUCAUCUAGAGUCCGGGGUAAUCUACAGGCUUCAUGAGGACGUCGUAUUCACCGCCAGUGGAUCGGGAAGUUUCGUAGAAAAUUGUCACCAGCGCAGUCGGUCGUGUCAGUACGGACGCUGUAAUGGAAAACUGUAGUGGUCGUUCCUCAAACUUAAUCGGCUGCAUUUGCCAAGCUUAGCAUUUAGUAUAGCGAAAACAAUGGACAGAUUUCGAAACGCCUAGCAGGGCGAUUCUGAUUGCCCAAGGAAACACGUUAGAGUAAAAGUAAGAUCGGUAAUGCCAAAUUAUACAUAUUUGCGAUUGGCGUCUGUCGGAAUGUGUGGAUCCAUCGAAAAAACUAGUUUUUCAAUUUCAUGCCUUUUCAGUAUUGGUUUCGUCGCUCGAAAAUACCGAAGGGUGAUUGAACUGUACUGCACUUGAUUGAGCUGUAAGCCCGCAGCAUUUUAAUAAGCAUUGUCUGGCUUCAGGCUAAGCUAAAGUAUGCACUGCACUAAAAGUAUGCCUAAGCUACCACUGUAUAUUACAGGAGUGUAAGCAAAGUAGCAUUUGAUUAUUUGCCUAAUAUGUAAGGUGGAAACAUUAGCAUGGUACUUCGAUUGUUUUAUGUAGAAAUUCUAUUGCAAGUAGAAUGACAAGGAGUGGAAAGGGGCAGGUGUAGGGGAGAAGGGAGCCUGCCAAAAAAGUUUAAAUAAAAAUGACUGCCUUAACGGAA